CGGUGACAUUGGAAGUUACAUUUUCUGGUCUCUGUUUGUUUAUUUGCGAUUCGUUUAAUUAAAUCACAAAUUAAUUAAUCAAUUGUUUUUCCUUCUUUAAUUGUUGUUAAAUAUUAUAAUCAUCUACAAUGCUUUCAGUUGUUAGUCGCCCCGUCAAUUUCUCCUCUCUCAUCAAGGCAACAACUCAAGCUGUUGCAGUGAAAUCUGUUGGUCCGGCUGUUCUUUGUAAUCAUGAAAAUACUUAUGUACCUGAGAACUCAAAUCGAUGGUCAAUUUCAUCCCUUUCCUCCCAAAGCAUUGGACAAAAAAUCUCGGCUGUGUCACUAUCUAUCAACGGCUUAAGUCAAAUAAGGUUGGCUCACACUGAUAUCAAAGUACCUGAUUUCACUGAUGUCCGUCAGAAGGCUACCCAAGAUCCAACUUCUCGAGCUAAAGACUCAGUUGAUGCUCGAAGAGCUACAACUUAUGGUAUGGCUGCUGGUUUUGCCGUUGGUGGUGCUUUGAUAGGUAAAGGUAUUGUUAGAGGUCUUGCUGAGACUUGGCUCCCAUCUAAGGAUGUCAUGGCUUUGGCUAAAAUUGAAAUAAAAUUGAAUGAAAUUCCCGAAGGUAAAAAUAUUGUUGCUAAAUGGCGAGGAAAACCAGUUUUUAUUCGUCACAGAACAGCUGAAGAGAUCGAAAAGGCUAAAAAGACAAAUAUUUCCGAGCUCAGAGAUCCACAGGCUGACGAGGAAAGGACUCAAGAUCCCAAGUGGCUCGUUGUAAUCGGAGUGUGUACGCACCUUGGAUGUGUACCCAUCUCAAACGCUGGUGAUUUUGGUGGUUAUUAUUGUCCUUGUCAUGGGUCUCACUAUGAUGUUUCCGGUAGAAUAAGAAAAGGCCCAGCUCCAGCCAAUCUAGAGGUACCACAAUACGAGAUUAAAGAUGAUCUAUUAGUUGUUGGUUAGUUUUUAAACAUCUCAUCGAAAUGUAAUAAACAGAUACAGACCUUUAAUCAGUGUUAUAAAUUAUUGGCAAAUAAAUGUAAUUAAGACUUUAA